UCAUCGGCUUCCGUACAUCAACCAGGAAGUGACUGUCAACAACAAUCCCCAUGCCGCAGUCCGUCCAUUCAUCCAUUUUACACUUUUUUUUUGUUCACGGUCGCUUGGAGCUGAAGUCUGUCUCGGCCAAAAGGCGGACUACGUCCCGGACUUGUCUCUAGUCAAUGACAGGACACCAAUAGAUACAUACUUUUCACUCACAUUCACGCCGUCAGGGGAGUAGCGACGAAGCCAUUGGAAGAGUUCUUAUUUCCACUUCUAUAUCUUUUGCGACUUCUAUAUCUUUUGAGUUCGUUAAACAUGAAGAAAGAACCCAAAGCUCAAGCUGCUGCACCCGGGAAGGAACCCGAUGAGAGACAAAACGGCAAAACUGAGGUUAAAAGCGGACUCUCUCACAGCACUGUGCUCCUGAACAUUGGAAAAUGUUUGCUUCUAAUCAUCAUCAUCCCUCCAUUCCUUAACUAUGCAUCGCUGCAAAGAGAAGGACAGAUGCUGCUGCCAAAAGAUGGGCGUAUCUUCGAUGUUGGCUUAGGUCAAAGGAUGCAUCUCUUGUGCAAAGGGCAGGGAAAACCAGUUGUAAUACUGGACGCACCAACCGGAAUGUCGUCAGACAUUUGGUUUCAUGUCCAAGAGAGUGUUGCCACAAUAACAAAGGUUUGUACCUAUGACCGAAUUGGACUUGGGUUUAGCAAGCGUCUGAUGCAGAAUGAGACUACUGGAACUGAGAAGGUUUGGGGUGUAUCCACAACUGGACGGAUGGUAGACGAUCUUCACCGUCUGUUGCUGGCUGCUGAAAUCGCCAUGCCCAUCAUACUGGUUGGCUCUGAGAUCGGCACACUCAACAGCAGGUUCUACAGUCACAUACAUGAUGUGCAAGUGACAGACCUGGUGUUGAUUGAUCCUAUCCCAGAAGACAUUUUUGAAGAGGAGCAAUGGAAGGAGUAUUGGUAUGGUAAGCUUCUGCCAUCCCUUCAAGCCAAGCAGUUUUCUGCUGCUUCCGGGCUGAGCCGCCUGCUGAUUAUCCUUGGCGCCAUUGAACCAACUAUCAAAGAAAAUGUCUCAGAGGAGAUCAUCCAGCGGCAGAAAUACCUGCUCAGUAACCCCGCCCAUCAGAGCAGUGCCGUGGACGAGCACUACUUUCUCAAUGAGAGCGCAGCACAAGUGAGGGACAUCACCAAAUACAAGCCCCUCUCCAGCAGGACGUCAGUCAGCGUGAUCACGGGGGAGUCCUUCGACCAGCAGAUCCCACAGCACUUAAAUCAGAUGGUAGCCACGCUUCAAAAGAAGUUUCUGGAGGAGUCCUACCCGUCAGCCAAUCACCUUCACAUUAAAGGAGUAGACCGUCGAAUGAUCUUCACCAAGCCAUCUGCCAUCAUCCAGCACCUGAGGACGCUCGUCAACCAGCGACAAGACAAACAUGGCCAAGUAAAUAAAUGACACCUUGUUGGAAUGUUCUAGAA